AUGAUCAGGAUCGGGAGCCGUCUAACACCAAGCUUGCGCCAUUACACCAGCAGUUCUCAGCGUAUUACAAAGUUUACAAUGUCCGGAUUCUAUGAUUUGUCACCACUAGAUGCCAAGGGAGAGCCCUUCCCCUUCUCUCAGCUCAAGGGCAAGGUAGUCAUAAUCGUGAAUGUGGCGUCGAAGUGCGGGUUUACUCCGCAGUACGAGGAGUUGGAAGAGUUGUACAAGAAGUACAAGGACCAAGGGUUUGAGGUCAUUGGGUUUCCAUGCAACCAGUUUGCACACCAGGAACCUGCGACCAACGAGGAGAUCGUGCAGUUCUGUAAACUGAACUACGGGGUAACCUUCCCGGUGCUCAAGAAAGUCGACGUUAACGGCGCGGACGCGGACCCCGUGUACGUGUAUUUGAAGUCGCAGAAGUCCGGGUUGUUGGGCUUCAAGGGCAUCAAGUGGAACUUCGAGAAGUUCUUGGUAGACCGCAAGGGGCAGGUUAAGGACCGCUACUCGUCUAUCACCAAGCCGUUGUCGCUCGAGAAGACGAUUGAGACCCUGUUGAAGGAGGAGGGCGGCCCUGCGCCAACUGCUACUACGGAGGCGACCGCGACCGCUACCGCCGAUGCCGCUAAGCCUUCUGGCGAGAGCUUGUAG